AAGACAAACCACCUCCUUAGGAUGUCCAGUGAUACACACUGAGGACCAAACACAAGUUCAGUAUACCAGCAGAGCAGAACAAGGGGCAUGAUGCUUGUGCUUCUAAGCCUUUGUGCCCUCCUUGGCUGUGCUUACAGUCAAUGUGAGGAGGGCUGGAGGCCGUACGAGGACAAAUGCUACUACUUCUCCCCAACCGUCAUGAAAUGGGAUGAUGCUCGCUUGGACUGUGAGGGACGGGGGAGCCACUUGAUGAGCAUCCAGGACAUCCAUGAAAGGUUAUGGGUACGGACACAGAUAGGCUCAGAGAUCUACUGGAUUGGCCUGAAUGACAUCGCGUCUGAGGAUGUGUGGGAAUGGAGUGACGGGACCACGUUUAUUCCAUACCUGUCAUAUUGGAGACCGGGCCAGCCUGACAACUACCUAGAUGACGAGGACUGUGGACAGGUGGCGGGAUCCGACUUUGGACAGUGGAACGAUGAGAACUGCGAGCACGAGAGGAAAUUCAUCUGCAAGCGUGUCAACACCAACCCGCCUACCUUGUGUGACACGGCCAACGGCUGGAGCCCGUUCGGCUCCAACUGCUACAAACUGAACGCUGUGAUCCAUAAGAGCUGGUUGGCUGCCAGAUUUGACUGCGUGAGGGAGGGAGGGGACCUAGUGUCCAUCACUUCAGCCGAUGAGGAGCAGUACAUCACAGGUCGUUUAGACCCCUCCUUCUACGACCUCUGGAUUGGCUUUUCUACUCUGAAAUGCACAACGGCGUCUUGUCAAGUGGAUCCUGGAAAUACUCAGUUUGCCUGGUCUGAUGCUUCUAGCCCCGCAGCCUACUCCAACUGGGGAACUAAUCAGCCAGGAAUUAGUGACGCACAGACAGGAGUGUGUUCAGCGAUCAUCAAGGAGGCGGGUCAGGAUUUUGGGAAGUGGAAGACCCAUGUCUGCAGAUAUGAACGCCCGUACAUGUGUAAACGAGGGCUGAACACCAUCUGCCCUCGUGGCUGGCAGAGUUUCGCCGGGAACUGUUACUGGAUGGUCAGCAACAACAACCUCCUGACCAAUUGGUACGAGGCUCAGACACGUUGUGCAGACUUGGGGGCUAACCUAAUGACCGUCAAGAGUCAAGAUGAGCAAUAUUUCCUGAACAGUCGUCUUCCUGACUUUCAUCAAACAGACGUGCCUGAUGUGUGGAUUGGAGUCUCAGAUAAGGACCAGGAUGGAACGUUCCAGUGGGUGGACAAGAAUCCUAUUACAAUCCCCAACUGGAGUCCUGGUUUCCCCAAGAAUACAGCAAACCUCUGGGACUGUGGACAAAUCUUCACAGGAAAUUAUGAGGGAAAAUGGGAAACCACCAACUGCUUCAAGAACCUGGGUUACAUUUGUAAAAUGAUGGGCGGUCAGAAUGUGAAACCCACCUCUGCUCCAGAGUUUCAUUGUGACGCUGGUUACCUUCUCUUUGGGGACCACUGCUAUCACUUUGAGUCAGAGAGAGCGAUGAACUGGCAGGACGCGGAGAAUUACUGCUCCAAUCAGAACGGCCACCUGGCAAGUUUCCAAGAUCAAGAGGAACUGAGCUUUCUGACUGCUCACAUGCCUGGGUCAGCGUGGGUGGGGUUGAAUGACAUCACGACCGAGGGCCACUUUGUGUGGACGGAUGGAAGCCCAGCUGACUUCCUGCCCUGGGGACCCAACCAGCCUGAUAACUGGCAAGGUAACGAGGACUGUAUGCACAUACGCGCACACGACCAUGUCGAACCAGGGCUACUCAACGACGACUAUUGUAUGUCAACGCAUGAGUUCAUCUGCAAAAAAGGCAAAGGCCAAGGACCGCCACCCAAACCACCAACCUCUGGACCAGGGUGGAACGACAAGUGCGGCUCUUGGGUGGCAGACCCAUUCAACGACUUCUGCUACCUGUUCAACUUCUUGUCGCCGAGGACGUGGGCGGAGGCCCGGGCCGACUGUGUCAAUCAGGGAGGGGACCUCCUCAGCAUCACCGAGCCCUUCGAACAGGCCUUCAUUCAAGCCCAGGUGCAGCUGAUUCCCACAGGGGUGUCUGUGUGGAUGGGGGGCCACGACUCCAUCACCGAGGGCGGGUGGGAAUGGAGCGAUGGAUCCCCGUUCCGCUACAUUCACUGGGCAGCAGGCAACCCAGACAACUUCCUUGGGGAGGACUGUCUCUCCAUGCUUGUCAAUGGAGGCUACUGGAAUGAUGACAACUGUGAACACAACAGAGGAUACGUCUGCAAACGUAGAGGGAACCUACCUCCUCCCCCUCCACCUCAUGAUGGGUUCGAGACAGUAAUUAUCUGUGAGGACUCCAGUGCCGUCCUCCAUUGCCCCGAGGAGAGCGUCAUCAACAUUCAGUCUGCCUUCCUUGGACGAAAAAGUGACAAGAUUUGCCCCCACGAUAAAGGGGCCUCAGGAACUUGCACCAUAGAUGGCACCCUACCUAAGGUGAGGAAGCUCUGUGACAACAGGCCCUACUGUUUCCUGUUCGCUCAUGUUGAGGAAGACCCCUGCCCUAGCAUCUCCAAGUACUUUGAGGUGGUCUACAGCUGUGAGCAGACGGUGUGUCUGCAUGGUCUCGGAGUGGAGGAUGGACUAGUACCUGACUCAGAGCUGACGGCCUCCUCCUCCACUAGUUCCCAUGUCCCUACCCAAGCCCGCCUUAAGAGCAACUCUUGCUGGAUGCCCUCCACCCCUGUUAACUCCUGGAUCCAGGUGAAUCUGGGUAUGGUCCGAAAGGUCACCGGGAUUAUCCUCCAAGGCUGUCCCCAAAACGACCACUGGGUCACCAAGUUCAGGGUGCAGCACAGCAUGGAUGGGACCUCGUGGACCAACUACGAAAGCGACGGUGGGGAAUUCCCGGGUAGCUUGGACCGGAAUACUCCGGAGACCCAGCUUCUUGGAACCCCCGUCUCCGCCAAGUAUGUCCGGAUCCUUCCGCUGGACUACAACGAUCAAGCCGGCCUUCGCUUCGACGUGCUGGGAUGCACCCCAGACUACGCGGUCACCUGCAGCGACAAGCCCAACUUCAACUUCGCUAGUGAUCGGAAAACUGUCCACUGUCCUGCGGCGUGUGCCACAAAGUCUUAUUAUGUAUACGGUACGGAAGUAUACAGAGGGGACUCGAACAUCUGUGCAGCAGCGAUCCACGCGGGAGUGGUUCUGAACGAGAACGGAGGCGACUGUACCCUGCUGAAGGCCCCAGGACAGAACUUCUACCCUGGCUCCACCAGGAACGGGAUCACCACCAGACAGUUCACUGGAAACUAUGAAGUUUCAUACCAGUUUGCAGACGGAGAGCUGCGUUGCUCAGGGCCUGACUGGUAUGAGUUUGGCGAUUUCUGCUACAAGCCAUUUGGGGACAAGAAGACAUGGCAACAGGCACAGAAAGCCUGCAGGAGCGAGGAAGCGGACCUGGUGUCCAUCUUGUCCAUGAAAGAGCAGAGCUGGUUGGAGAGCUACCUCUACAUGGCCACCAGUGACGUGUGGACGGGGUUGACCGACCUGGCGUUCUCGGGCAUGUUCGGCUGGUCGGACGAGCACAUGGUCACCUUCACCUACUGGGCACCGGGUGAGCCCAACAACCACGACGGCUUCAGUGAGGACUGUGUGGAGAUGCUCUACCAGACGGGGAGGUGGAACGACGUCGCCUGCACGGAACUGAACACCUACAUUUGCAAGAAGCCCAAAGCCCAUUACCCGCUUCCCUCUGCCUUACCCACGGCGUAUGGAUGUCCUCAGGGCUGGAGCGCCUAUGGUUACGCCUGCUACUGGAUGGAAGAGACGUCCAGGAGCUGGAGUGAUGCCAAGGCCUUCUGUGAACAGCAGCACAGCAAGCUGCUGCAUAUCGGAGACAUCUAUGAGCAGUCACACUUCACGGUGGAGCUGUCAGGCGCUACCGGCCUGUGGUGGAUUGGCCUGAGGGCUAAGGGAGGGCCAGGUGGAGGCGUGGACUAUAUCUGGGAGAAUGGAGCACCUCUCACCUUCACACACUGGGACAAGGACCAACCAGAUAACCGGCAAGGAACCUGCGUUGGCAUGACAACGGGCCCCGUCGGUGGGUUCUGGGAUGCUAAGGAGUGCACAGAGGAGCACUCUUUUGUGUGUGAGAAACCCCGGCCCGAUAUCACUCCGCCCACCAAACACCCGACCCCUCCCCCUGCCCAAGGCUGCGGAGACGGCUGGACUGCUGAACCAUACUUCAGGAACUGCUACAAGCUCUUCACCAACGUGGACUUCUCCCUGAAGAAGAGUUGGGGCGCAGCGCGGGAGGAUUGUUUGUCCCGAGGAGCCGACUUGGUCAGCAUCCACAAUCAGGACGAGGAGAACUUCCUCUCCAUCUACACUAAGGGCACCAGCAAGUGGAUUGGUCUGAAGCACGACCCAACUGACGGAGGUUACCACUGGAGUGAUGCUACGCCCGUGAGCCACACCAACUGGGGCUCCGGUGAACCCAACAACCACGAGGGCCGCGAGGACUGCGUGGAGAUGGUGACCGGCGCCAACGGAACCUACUCCUGGUGGAACGACCUGAACUGCGAUGCCCACCAAGACUGGAUCUGCAUGAUCACCAAGGGGAAGACCCCCGUCCUGCCUCCCAAGCCUCCUCCCCCACUACCAUCCCCUGAUUGUGGCACCAACCUCGGCUGGAGGAAGUCGAACGGCAUCUGCUACUACUACAACGACACUGACAUUGUGGACUUCCACACGGCCAUGCACCGCUGCUACCAAGAGAAAGCUCGGCUGGCCUCCAUUUUAAACCAAGAGGAACAGGCAUACAUCAACACCAUGGUGGGGACCGGAAAGAUCGACGCAGCCUGGAUCGGGAUGCGUGUGUUUGGAAACACAGGAGCGGAGUACAUGUGGGUGGACUGGUCUCCCGUGACCUACGUUCACUGGGGUCCGGGAGAGCCCAAUGAUGCCAAUGGGGAGGAACAGUGUGUUCAGAUGAACAGACAUCAAGGAUCGUGGAACGAUGCCAACUGUGGCCGGGCCUCUGCUGGCUAUGUGUGUAAGAAAUUCCCUGGAGACGACCACACCCCCGCUCCCCCCACCCAGCCCUGGACGGGGAACUGCCCUCAGGGAUGGAUGCUGUUCAGAAACAAGUGCUUCCUGUUCAAAGGCCACAAAGAUGAGAUCCGAGCUAACUGGUCCUUUGCUAGGAGCUGGUGCAAAGACCAAGGAGGAGACCUGGCUGUCAUUGAUGACCGUUACGAGAACGACUUUGUGUCUAGCUACCUGAGGGACCUGCGCUUUCCCAGCUGGAUUGGAAUGUCAGACCUCCUGUUGGAGAACCAGUUUGCCUGGAGCGACGGGAGCCCAGUCUUGUACACCAACUGGAACCUCAACGAGCCCAAUAACGCCGGAGGAGCGGAGCACUGCACGGCCAUGACCCACAACUACCUGGAGACGGGGAGGUGGAACGAUGACGCGUGCUCAGAGGAAAGGAGCUUUGUCUGUUACAGGAAGAAAUCCAGCAGCAUUGCUCCUCCGCCUCCUACUAACAACCCCUGUAAAGCCGGGUACAUCUCCUGGUAUAAGAACUGCUACAAGCUGGUGGAGGAGUCCAAGACGUGGGAUGAUGCCCAGGCUGCCUGCAAGCAGGAAGGGGGCAACUUGGCCAGCAUCGACAUGAGCUACGACCAGUCCUUUGUCAGCGGGGUGGUCCUGCAAGGCAGAGCGGACGCCUGGAUUGGACUCAGGCGCGAGGACGAUGGGGAUUCCUAUUCGUGGACAGAUGGCUGGCCGGUGUUCUUCACCCACUGGGGGCCGGGGGAGCCUAGCAACCACAAGGGCGAGGGCUGCGUGAGCAUGCACGGCUCCGUCCAUUUCCACGGGACGUGGAACGACACCGCCUGUGACUCGGCUAGGCCCUACAUCUGCAAGAUCUCCUCAGAGGUGCCCCCUCCGACCCCGACACCCGGGAAUGGGAAGUGCCUGCGUGGCUGGCACGCCUACGGGCGUUACUGCUACUUUGUUUACAAUGAACCCCUCGGCUUCUCCUGGCCAGAGUCCAGGCACUACUGCCAGCUGGCCAAGGGAGACUUGGUGUCCAUCCACAGCCGAGCUGAGUCCGAGUUCAUCAGAACCCUCAACCACAGCAAGGCCCACAACCUCUGGAUCGGACUCACCAGGGACAUUAACUUCGGCUGGAGCUGGACAGACAGGACGUCUCUGGCCUUCCUGAACUGGGCUCCGGGUGAACCGAACGAUGCCUUCCACCCUGGAGAGGUGGGAGCGGAGAACUGUGGCGAGCUGUACCCCGACGGCCACUGGAACGACAACAAUUGCGUGCAGAAAAGAGGCUUUGUGUGCCGCCAUCGCCAAUACUACACGACAGACGACAGCGGCAAUAUCGUCAUUCCUACAGAUGCUCCUGUAAUCGGCCAAGGGGGGGUGAUAGCUGGUGCCAUCAUCGGAGCCCUGGUGGUUUUCGCCCUGGUCCUGGGGCUUCUCUACUACGUGUUCUCUGUGCGAGGAGUGAAGCUAAGCACCAUCAGUUUACCAACCAGAACCACCAAGGAUAUCGAUGUGCCUGCUUUCCACAAUCCCAACUUUGGAGGAGAGUCUGAAACCUGAAGUAACAGACAUGCCUACUGAAACAUUUUCUGUAUCUUGACUUUAUUCCAGAAAUUUAAAAAAAUUACCCUGAGCCCUGUAUAAUCACAACCUUGUUAAAAUCUCAAAAAUCAGUGGAUACAGUACAUACCAAAGUUGAAGGGGUUUCAUAAAAGUUUCGUAUAUUUUCUAAGAAUAAAGUCUGUUGUAUUAUUGUAUAUAUUGUAAUGC